AUGUUGUGUGACCAACGAAAUGAACAUCCAGCUAUCCCACAGCUAUUCCACAGCUAUCCCACAGCUAUACUAAAGCUAUCCCACAGCUAUCCCACAGCUAUCCCACAGCUAUACUACAGCUAUCCCACAGCUAUACCACAGCUAUGCUACAGCUAUACCACAGCUGUCCCACAGAUGUUAGAAGUUUGGGCUGCAGAAGUUAGGGCUACAGAAGUUAGGGCUACAGACGUUAGGGCGACAGAAGUUAGGGCUACAGAAGUUUGGGCUACAGAAGUUAGGGCUACAGAAGUUAGGGCUACAGAAGUUAGGGCGACAGAAGUUAGGGCUACAGACGUUAGGGCAAAAGAAAUUAGGGCUACAGAAAUUGGGGCUACAGAAGUUAGGGCUACAGAAGUUAGGGCUACAGAAGUUAGGGCUACAGAAAUUGGGGCUACAGAAGUUAGGGCUACAGAAGUUAGGGCGAUAGAAGUUAGGGCUACAGAAGUUAGGGCUACAGAAGUUAGGGCGACAGAAGUUGGGGCUACAGAAGUUAGGGCGACAGAAGUUAGGGCUACAGAAGUUAGGGCGACAGAAGUUGGGGCUACAGAAAUUGGGGCGACAGAAGUUAGGGCUACAGAAGUUGGGGCUACAGAAAUUGGGGCUACAGAAGUUAGGGCGACAGAAGUUAGGGCUACAGAAGUUAGGGCGACAGAAGUUAGGGCUACAGAAGUUAGGGUGACAGAAGUUGGGGCUACAGAAGUUAGGGCGACAUAA